AUGGUUGCUACUCGAAAGCAGGAUUAUGGAGUAGGUCAACCGGUUUCAAAACAUGAUGAUAAACUUAAAGAAAAUGGUCACGAUCAAGAAUUUGGUGGUUCUUCUGAUUCUGAGUUACCAUCUACUCAAAAAUUAAAUAUAAACGUUACUCCUUCCACUUCGAGACGGCGACGUGUCAAUCGAAAAUCUCAAGAGAAGAAACCUGAUACGAUUAAUUUUCGUAAACAAAAAACUCCUUCGGUUCAAAUACCUGACAAUCUUCCUUCAAUUAUUAUUCCUUCUGAUAUUCCUGAAACUAAUGAAAAUCCUUCUGAUGGUCUACCCAUUGAAUUUAUUAAUCCACAAUCAACUGAGAGGCCUCCAAUAAUUGAUGAUGAUAUUCCUAUAAAUAACAUACAGCAAUCUCGUUCUGCCAUGAUUUAUGAUAUAUGGUCAAAUUUUAUUAGUACGAUCACAAGCGUAUCUGUCGAAAUUCGUAAAUUCACAGUUGGUCGUAAAACAACUUUGUCAUUAGCCAUAUUCUUUAUAUUAUUAUUUAUUUUAUUAAGGCCAGCAAAUGAAAUUGAUGAAGUCAGUAUUAUAAGUGUUAAUGAAACAAUUGAUGAAAUGUUACGAAAAACUGUCCCUCCAAUCGUUGAACGAGUUCUUCGUGAAAAAUAUGGUUCUGUUAUUCUUCCUGACAAAAAACAAUUUAAUGAAUGGGUGAUGUCUGCUGCCCAUAAUUUAGUUCAAGAAAAUAUUAAAACUGAUAUUCGUAAUAUGCCUGAUUUUACUCUUUCUUCUGGUGGUGCUCCUCAUGUUGCUAUCGAUGGAAACAAUCAUAUUGGAAAUUGGUUUGCUUUUGCUGGAAUGCGUUGUCAACUUGCAAUUCAAUCGAGUAGAACAAUAUAUAUCUCAACCGUCUCUUACCAACAUUUAGAUCGAAAUCUAGCCUUGGAUGAUACAAACAUUUUAAGUGCUCCUGCCAGAUUUGCUGUACUGGGAAUUCCGGAUGAAAAAUAUUUAUCAAAUACAACGUCAAAGGCCCUAGAAGUUUCUCAAGGGUGGAAUGUAAAUGAUUUUUUAGAGGAAUAUAAAGACAAAGAUGACUUAAGUGAGAAAAUAGGUAUUUACCUUAGAUCCCUUGAGAUCAUCGCCGAUAACGAAGAAGGGCAAAGGAGUGAACGAGCAAAGGAGUUGCUUAUGAAAUAUAGAGAGCAAAAACUACCAUAUGUAGAAAAUAUUGAGAAUGAAGAUGUUGAGAAAGAAUUUCCAUUAUCUUUUGAAUCCUCUCACUUAUUAUCUAUACAAGAGAUAAUUUCGGAAACUAUUAAAAGCAGUAAAGAUUUAGAUAUCAAGAUACUUAAAUGGCAACAACAUACUUUUCAACAAUUGUCUAAUGGAAUUA